AUGAGGAGCGGAGACCGCGCGGCCAAGGAGCGAUGGGUGGCAGCGAAGCAGAGGGCAGCGUCGAUUGAGCGCCGUGUCUCCCAACAGCAGUUCAGGGACUUUGUGUCGAGCACCCUCAACAAACACCAGAACCUAGGACGCGUGCACAAAACGCUGAAGAAGUGGGAGGGCUCCACAGACGACCAACACAGAGCUGCCGAGACCAUGGAGGACAACGGACGCACCCUCGUGACGGACCGCGAGAAAGCCACAGCCUUCAACCGCACAUACGCCACCGUGUCCAAACAGGUGCGGAACCCGAAGGUAGACCGUGACGCCAAGAGAAGGCUGAAGGCGUCCAACGUCAGGACCUGCAACGAGUGCCGCGGGCAGAGAACGGGCUUCUGCUCUCCGUUCACUGAGGAGGAGCUGACGCGCCAGAUCUCCCAGGCGCAACUACAGAAGUCCCCGGGCCCAGACGACCUGUGCAAUGAGCACGUCAAGCACCUGGGUCCGAGAGCGCGCCUCGCCCUCCUCAGCCUCAUCAACGCAUCGUGGCAGACCGGCGUUGUCCCGCGUGAGUGGCGGCGCGCCGUCAUCGUGCCCAUCCCCAAGUCGGGCAAGGACCCGAGGAAAAUCGGCAGCUAUCGGCCCAUCGCGCUCACCUCACACAUCGCGAAGCUGGCCGGGCGGGUUAUUGCGACCCGACUCACCCACCUCGUCGCGGAACGACAGCUCGUCCCGCCCGAACAAGUCGGGUUCAGAGAGAAGCGCGGGGUCGAGGACGUCAUCGCCCGACUCACACAACAAGUCCAGGACGGGUGGCAGAAGAAGCCGUGCCCACCCUCCAAGAAGCAGGUUCCGGAUGGCGAGGCGGCCCAGAAGUAUGUGCUGGUAGCCUUUGACUUCGCUCGCGCGUACGACAAGGUGGACCACCGUCUCCUGAGAGCCCGCCUCGCAGAACUGGGGAUCCCGGCCUGCGCCAACACCUGGGUGUGGCACUUUCUGCGAGAUCGGAGAGCCUGUGUGGAGCUGAACGGCACGAGGAGCGAGGAACGGGUGUACCGAGCGAGACUGCCCCAGGGCAGUGUCCUCUCUCCGACCUUGUUUUUGUUGUGGUCGGCCCCACUCGCGUCAGCCCUCAGGCGUCUCCCAGGAACCACACCGUUCAUGUUCGCGGACGACACCUCGGCCCUGUGCUCGGGCAACACCAUCGCCGUGGCUCGGGAGCGGGCGCAGCUGGCGGCCACCUCGCUCGUCAGGUGGGCCCGCCGCAACAAGAUGGAGGUCGCGGGCGAGAAGACCCAGCUCCUCGUCCUCUCCCAGAACCCCCGAGACGCCGCCGAUUGCCACAUCCGCGUGGCGGGCCAGCUGGUGGAAGGGGGAGCCGAGCUGAAGUUACUGGGAGUGACUCUCGACAGGACGCUGGGCUUCGGCGCACACUGUAGGAGCCUCCGCCGGCGCGUCCGACCCCGCACCGCCCAACUACGACGCCUCACCGGCCGCAGCUGGGGACUCAAGGAGCAGCAGUUGCGCGCCGUGGCCAAUGGCUACGUGCGCGGCGCGCUGGAACAUGCGGCUGCUGCCUGGCUGCCGGCAACGUCAAAAACCAACGUGGAACUACUGGACCGGGAGAUGCGCGCCGCGGCCCGAGUGGUCACGGGCUGUAUCCGCUCGGCGCCCCAUCACGGCGUCAUGGCUGAAGCCGGGAUCCUCCCCGUAUCGGCCAGGCGCCCUGCGCUGGCGGCGCGCAUGAUGGCGAAGGCCGCCGCCCUGCCGCCGGAGGACCCCCUGCAUCAGCUCGCCAUGGAUGACCCACCGCGGCGGCUCAAGCUGAUCACCGGCUGGCGGGAGGUGGGCCGAGAAGUCCUGCGGGAGCUGCGGGUAGAGCUGCCAGUCGAGCCCCUGCUACCGAAGAGGCCACCGCCGUGGACACCGAGCGGACCCAUCACAUUCAACGUGGGGAUCGGCGCUCUUCCCGCAGGGGCCGCCAACUCGACCAAGAGGGAGGCGGCGCUGCAGCAUCUCGCGUCCCUGACACAGUGCGCCAUCUGGGCAUGGACCGAUGGCUCAGCGAGCGGUGGAGUGCUCCGAGGAGGGGCUGGCGCCCUGGUCAUCGGAGCGGACGACAGCCGCACCGAGCUUCGGAUCCCGGCGGGCACCCUCUGCUCAAGUUUUAGAGCAGAGAUGGUAGCCCUGCAGAAGACACUGGAGCACAUCAUCGAGAACGAGAGUGGCACGGAUCCGGUCAUCAUCUGCACGGACUCCAUGUCGGCCGUGGCCGCCCUGAGGGAGGGCCCGUCGGCCCAGCGGUCUGCCCGAGGAGCGACGGUGUGGCAGCUGUUGCGGGAGGCGUCAGCUGGGGACCGACCGGUCACCCUACAGUGGGUACCAUCCCACUGCGGGAUCCCGGGCAACGAGGCCGCCGACACACUGGCGAACGAGGCCGCGGCUCUGGCGCAGGAGGACGUUCCGCUCGACGUGGAGACCAUCUACCGAGCAGCGGUCCGUACCGCAAGAGACCGCGCCGCCAGGGAGAGGCCGUCCUACCCGGACCCGGAACACAAGGCCGCGACCGGCUGGUACCGUGAGCUGAUGGGCACAGGGUACCCACCGCCAAUCUCCAACAUGGACAGGACGAGCGCAAUCGACGUCCACCAGAUCCGAACUGGGCGAUGGAGCGGCUCCGCCCAGUUCCUCCACGAGAUAGGGAGGAACCCGUCCGUGGACUGCCCACAGUGCCGCAGUCUCGGCUGUAUCGCGGCCCGCUGCAGGCUCUGUGGAGAGGAAGCCGACACACCGAGACACAUCCUCCUGACAUGCCCGGGGAUGAUGGGGGUCCGCCUCCGGACCCAGGCCAUCGGCAACAUACUGCCGACCCCAGAGGAGGUUCGGCGCAGCGAUGCAGUGGCGGCCCUGGUGGCCGCCUUCAGGGCCCUCCAGAGCCACUAG